AUGUCCAAUGUGUAUACCUUAAGAGAUGUCGAGAAUAGAAGGGUUCUGGAGGGGCCAGGUCAUCGGCUUGGUAGCAUCCAUGAAUCAGAGCUUAAGGAUAAAAUAAGUGAAUUAAAUUCCUUUAAUCAUAUAUUGGAGCAAGAAAGAGAUGAUUUAAAUUCAAAGAAACAUGAAUUGGAAGCCGAGGUGGGGUGUAAGGAUUCUGAAAUCACCUCUCUUGGAACUAAACUAAACGAACUAGAGAAAUUAGAACAACAAAUAUCUCAGUUAUCUCACGAAUCGAACAUAAUAGGUGGAGCUAAAGAGGAUCCAAACUCAGCUAAGUCCCUCCUUCAAGAGACUAAUACCCAUUUAGCAGAGCAGGUUUCGAAAGCAUCCAGUGAGACUAAUAAAGUAAUUGGAGGCGCCCCUCUUUUUCUUCACACUACUCAGAGCUUGAACCCGAUGAAAGCAAAGUAA